CGGCAGUUACGGUGUUUCCUAAACAUGGAGCUGAGUGGACACUUCUUCUUUUGGGUCUGUUCCUGGAGUCUCGUGAAUCUCACACAUGUGGCAUUGGAUUCAAAUCAGAAAACAAGAGCUGUGUUGAUACAGAUGAGUGUGUGAUGGAUCCGGGUGUGUGUGGCGAUCACGCUCAGUGUUUCAAUACACCUGGAAGUUACUACUGCACCUGUGAUGAAGGAUUUCAGUCAACACCACCCAACUUCACCCAAACAACAGGACAGUGUUUGGAUAUCAAUGAGUGUCUGGUGGGAACAUAUGAAUGCUCAGCUGAUUUGGAGUGUGUGAACACCAUCGGCUCCUUCAACUGCUCAUGUCCAAAAGGAUACAAGACCUCAAGACUAGACGCAGGUUGUGAAGAUGUGGAUGAGUGUUUGUCCUCAGUGUGUGGAGUUCACAGCAGCUGCUUUAACAACAGCUGGCGGUUUCCUCUGCACUUGUUCUCCAGGGUUUGUUUUGAACAUGAAAACAGCACCUGUGCAGGUAAGCGCCAGUGUCCUGCUGCUGCUAACAAUACCGACAUCAGUGUGUUUGAGUGCUGAUCAUAAUCAUCAUAACAUGCUGUAUGUGUCUGCUCAUGUCCAACAAUAACAGCUCAUUAUAUGUAUGUUCAAGUUUGGGGUAGAUAAGAUUUCGUAAUGUUUUUGAAAGAUGUCUCUUCUGCAUUUAUUUGAUCAAAAAUAAAGUAAAACAGUGAAAUAUCCUUACAAUUUAAAAUAGCUGUUUUCUGCGUGAAUAUCUGUUAAACUGUAAU